AUGUCGUCUCUUGCUCCUGGGAAUGUUCUUCGAGGGGCCUGUUGGAACUACCGCGUUCUGGAACCUGUUAAAGGAGAUAACACGCACAAUUCUACCGUUUUCAAGGCCCAGGUUAUCGCGCGUGGCGCCCGGGUCGUCCCCGAAGUUCCCGAAUGGGCUUUGAUCAAAGUCGCAUCGCCCAGUGAUGAAAUUUCUACCAAAAAUAUACAACGUGAAGUUCUAACUUAUAGCCUUCCUGGUAUCGCCUCGGCGAAGUGCUUCCGAAAAAUUUAUGAUAUAAUCGGUCGACGACAGCACUAUCGCUUUGGAAUGAUAAAUCGUCCUAUUGCUAAAUUAGGAGAUUUGGGACUCGUUAUCCCGGUCGGCGAACUUUUUAACGCCCAACCAUAUGCUAUGCGCGCCCCUGAAGUCUUUCUAGGUCAAGUGUGCACUGAGCUAUCGCAGGUCUGGGCUGUUGCCGCGAUACUACUUUACUGGAUCAAACCUGGUAUAUUAGGCGUAUGGGAUAGCCCUUAUCCUUUGCUUAACGAGGCUUGGGCUAUGGUAAAGAUACAGCGGCUUUUUCCCUACUGGGAGAUUCCACCUCCUGAAAGUAUCGAGGGCGAUAUCCUUAAAGUUGCAGUAAAGUCUGCCCGAUCUUUAAGUCAAGAGAUGCCAGAACUACAAGCGAUCCUACCUUUCGACGAAGAGAUAAAGAAGGUGGAGAUGCCGCAGCAGUUGAGAGAUCUUCUUCGUUUUGUGCUCGUACCUGAUCCGACAACAAGGCCCUCCGCCUCAUCUGUGUUGGCAUCGAGGGAAUUUCGCAAGUUUGAAAAUUACGAUGCUUAG